AUGGCAACUUUAAAUAACGUGUUAAAAGCUAUAGAAGCUUUAAAGUCUACUCAGGAAUCAAAUAAUGUUUUGUCAGAUUUGAAUACAAGGAAAGAUAAAUUAGCAUGUUGCAUGACAAUAGCAGAAGGAAUGUGUUCUCCAAGUGUCAAACUAGCAUCCAAAUUUCCUCAAAUUCUUAGUCUUUCAAUUGAAACGUUAUUAAAAUUGUGUAAUGAUGAUGAAUCUGAUGUCAGGAUGGUAGCAGAUGAAACCUUGAAUAAGAUUAUAAGGGCAAUGGCUGACAGUAAUGUUGUUAAGGUACAAAUAGAACUUUAUAAUGAAAUAAAAAGGAAUGGACCAGCUAGAACGCUAAGAGCUGCUCUCUGGAGGUUUGGACUUCUUAGCCAUAUGAUUCGCCCUACAAGAGGAAAAGCAUAUGUUUCUAACUUAAUACCAUGCAUAAUCUGUAUUGCUCGUCGUUCUGAAGAAUCUGUAAUUGAAACAUUAUCACAAUCAUUGCCAUUGAUUAUGAAAGCAUUAGGGCCAUUUAUGACAGAUAAUGAUGUGAAGACAUUGUUGAAAGCAUUUUUUGGAAAUGUAUCUUCAGUACAAGCAGCUUUCCGUAGAGCUGCUGCAAACAUGAUUCUUGCAACAUGUCUGAAUUGUCGUAAGCCACAAUUCUUUUUAAAUUAUGUACUGAAACAUCUUUUAGGUGUUAUAGUCCCUAUAAGCGAAGAUGAGGGUCGCGUAGCGGCUAUUAUUGGUACAUUUGGAUGCAUAAGAAUAAUUUUACCACAUCUAUGUAAACCCUCAGAACUUGAAGAUGAUGAUUCAGUACAAACAGAUAGCUUGUUACAAGUUUAUGAACUAUGUUUACAUUAUACAAAAUGGCACUUUGAUCAUAAUGUUAUAAAUGCUGUUUUAGAAACUUUAACUCAGCUUUUAAAAUCACCUCCAAAAGCUUUGGUAUCCGUAUUGUUAUCCAAACAAGGUAUAUCGCAUAGCAGAAUAGCGUUAAAUCAAGAUGAAACUGUAUUAUCAUUAAGCCAAAUGAGUACUUCUAGUACUACUAUAGCUUGUGGAGAAAAUCCCGAAUUUAAUUUACAUUUACUUGAUUCUGAUAUUCCCGAGAUAAAUCCAAAGAUAGAAAAAUGGAUAUUAGAUUCUGAAACUGUACCUCCAUUGGCACAAAAUUCACAAACCCAAAAGGAAUGUUCAAAUAAUAUUAUAGAAAUGAAAGGAAAAAUUUUGGAAAAUUACAGUGGCUUGAAGAUUGGAGUUAUCGAUAACGAAGCCAUCGAAGAAGGCAGUGACGUAGGAAGUGAAAUAGGGAAAUCAGAGAAAAUUUAUUCAAGUUUACAAAACGAAGCGAAGGAAGUAGAUUGUUCAGAAGAAAUUGCUUCGUCUAUUGCGUCUCCUAAAAAACUUUCUUUGGAUUUCUCGCAAAGAGAAAUUGACGUCGGAAGUUUUACAGAUUCCGACAUACCUUUAAAAUUUUGUUGUCGUUAUUUGGUAUCAUCUUUUCUCUUAACCGGCUAUGCUGGUCGUGUAAUGCCAGAUAAAUAUUUUCGUGUUAGUGUAAAAUCUCUUGCUUUAAAUUGCGUCGCUUAUAUCUUAAAACUUUGCCCAAAUUUGUUUUUAAUUCCUGUUGCUAAAGAAUCAAAAUCUAUCGAAAAUGAACAAAUGAUAACAGAUAUCUUAUUGUUUGCAAAUCAUUCAGAUCCUCAAAUUAGGGGUAAUAUAUCAAUUAUUAUUGGUACAUUUUUAAAAUCCGUGUAUACUCAGUAUGGUGGAUCUUUUAACAGUUUUGAAAAAGACAUUUCGAAUAAGAAAGUACAUGAAGUCAUCUCAUUAGAUAAUUUAAUUAAACUACUUUUAAAGGGAUUAGAAGAUGAUUCUGCUACUACCUGUCGACAAACGCUUACAGCAUUUAGUUUGUGUCUGCCAGAGUUGCUUGAAUCUGUCGACAAUAAACACGGAAUUACCGUGUUAACUGCAUUACCUCAACUAGUAAAAAAUCCAUAUUUUCUCGUAAAAAUUAAAUUAGUAGAACUAUUGAGUGAGAUAUCGUACGUUACUAUAGAACAUAUAACUGGUGGAUCAAUGUUCCAAGAACAUUUUAUCGAUGUUAUUAUGACGCUAUUAGGUGAUCAAGAUCAAAGAAUUAGACACGCAGCAUCAGAUGCUAUUGUCAAGAGUGUUCCUUUAUUAUAUUUUCAACAGCCUCAGGAAGAUGUUGUCACAAGAAAAGCUGUGCAAUACACCGAACAAUUUUUAAGUGCUGUGAGCAAAAGCUCUGUAGAAUUAUCUUCUUGUCAGGAGAAACAAAAGUUGUUUCUAAAUACUUCUAUGCAACCAUUUGCAUCUUUAAAUUCUAGUAAUGCAGCGAAUUAUCGUCCGAACGUAGAAUACUCUUUAUCCGUUAUAGUGAACAUGUUGGCUGAGAUUCUGGGAGUACAGUCAUCAAAGUAUUUAGUGUACGGUUGUUGCGAAGCUCUGUACCAUUUGAGCGAUGUAUACACUACUACAGUGUACAUUAGGGGAUGGGAUUGUAUUUCACCAAAGACAUUGUUAAAAAGGUCCCACAAAAAGAGCGGCAGUCGACUAGAUAUUAGCGAAUCAACAUUCGCAAGUGACGCGAUACCAUCAACCGUUAGCAAUAGUCUUUUAUCUUUAGCUUUACCCUUGCUGUCGUCGUCUCCUAUAAGUUUGGAUUUGUCGACGCAUAAACAUUUGAUUCUUCUAGCUGGGAAUCUCGCAUCAGGUCUAGCUUUUUGCAAUUUCAAACCUAACGAUCCAACUAAAACAUGGGGUACAUUCAAGGAUAAACAAAUAGAAUUGUUACUAGUGCACGUUACAAGAGUAUUAAACAUAUUUGUUCAUAUAAUCGAGGAUGUACAAUUGACGCAAAGCAGUACAAAAACAAUAUUGCCAUCUUCGUCAACCACGCAAACGUUAUCCCCGAAGAAGAAGAUAACGAUUAUUGAAUCGAAAUCGAAAGAAAAGGGGGAGAAGAUCGGAAGUUUGAAAUUUGGAAAAGAGCAAAUGGGAACGUUUACGUUGAUACCUCAUUACAUGAGAAUGUACGAAAUCCUUAAAGCAGCCCACUUAAAUUACUUAGCCACUCUCGAGCCGCAUGCAAGUGAAAUGUAUUUGUCUUUGUUGAAUGCAAUCUUAGAUGUGCUCUCGCAAAUUCUUGAAAUUAUAUCUCUCAACGAAGUAGCCCAAAUCGCAGAAGAGAUUUUGUAUUAUCUACAGAGUACCGUGGUACUCUCACCAACCGCGACAGUUCAGUGCGUUCAGCAAUUGUUGAAAUGUUUAUUCAGUACGAACGUAUGUGCGCAAUGGAACGAGUUAGAUGUGCAGAAAAACACGGAUAAAAUGAUUCUGUUUCGAGACGAUCUUAGAGGAUUUUACAAUCAUUGCUUUCAAAAUCCUGCGAGACAGAUGGCAGAUACAAUCAAGUCUAUGGGUAACAAUUGCAGAGGUGAAAAUGAACCGGAAACUGGAUGGGUGGGACUGCUUCGUAGGAAAGGUGAUAGAAAAUUUUCUUCGGUCUUCAAAAAUUUAGCCCAUUCAUCCGACCAGAAAACUUCAGUAGCCUCGUUCAUUCGUCUUUUUGAGCCGAUGGUCAUUAAAUCUUUGAAACAGUACACCGUAACGAGUAGCGUGUCGUUACAGUGUCAAGUGUUGAUGCUACUUAGUCAGCUAGUCCAACUGAGAGUUAAUUACUGCUUGUUGGACUCUGACAGAAUAUUCAUUGGAUUUGUACUAAAGCAAUUUGAGUUUAUCGAAGAAGGUCACGUACAACAGACGGAGAACCUUUUACCAAAGAUCUUCAAUUUCUUGGUGCAUCUGUCGUACGAAAAGAAUCAUUCAAAAACCAUAAUAGGAGUUCCAAAAAUAAUUCAACUCUGCGACGGUCUGAUGGCGAGUGGUCAAGCAGCGCUUACCCAUUGUAUUCCAGCUUUAGCUCCGGUGGUCGAGGAUGUCUUUCUGAUACGAAACGCAAGUUCGAGCCCGAUAGAACAGAGAGAAUUGGAGACAACGAGAGAAGUUUUAAUCUCGAUGCUUUUACGACUGGUGGAGUAUUAUCAAAUCAUCGAACUGCUCGCAUUGUGCUUGACGGAGUCUAGAUUUAGCGGUGACGGUAACGGCGAAGAAAAGUGGAGAAGAUGGUCCAGAUCGACAAUGGAUUCCGUCCUGCCCAUGUUAGCGUCUGGAAAAAUUCGAAUAGAGUCAGAGAAAGCUCACGUAGCUUUGGUUAAACUAUUCGCAGCUAUUUCCCCUACAGUCUUCAGGCCAGUUGAUCCUCUUCUAAAGGUACUUUUAGUUACACCCGAUUCAUUGGAAGCUUCCACCUUGAAGUUGAAACGAUGGCUAGGAAUGGUUAACGUGGUCUUACUAUCUUUGAUUGCCUGCGCUAAAGAGGAGGCAAUGCUAGCACGACUCUCCGACCUGAGCGCAAAUAUGGCCGAGUUAUCACAGUCGUUUCUUCUUGCAGAAUCCUCUUCACGGACUAUGGAUCCUCUGCACGUUUUAGGCUUCCAAUCUGACCAGGUUCCGCCCGAAAAGAUACUAGCUAGAUUCAUAUUCAAAGUGAUCAGCUUGACAGGUUCGAAGGUUUACGAUCUCCUUGGACUGAUUGAUCAUAAACGUAAAGAUCCAUACGUCGGUUUCUCCGAGUCUAUAGAGAACGACUACUAUUUGGUCCAUCAAUUGGCGUUCUUUCUUCAAUUGUGCAUUCACAUGUUCGAAUCUGGAAGUCACUGCAAAGUUGCAAACGCGGCUAUACAAAUGAUUCAAGGCCGAAAUGUCCCUGAAGAAGAGAAGCUACCAAUCGGUGAUUUAAAUUACUUGAUGCUCAACAUUGGACACAGGUGCCCGACGUUGACUUGUCAGUGGGCUUAUCUAAUGAUUCUGUUAGGAUACAACGAGAUGACUUUUUGGUCAAAGAUAUUGGGCACUCGUCGUUCGGAGUAUGCGGUCCACUGUUCCUCUACCGACCAGAAGAACUGUUCUAGCGACCAUGCCACUAGUAUUAACAUUCAGAUCAUCAGAAAAGGUGGCAUUAUAUUAUUCUGCGAUUACGUUUGCGAGAACUUGAGCGACGCCGAGCCACUGACGUGGCUGUUGGUGAACCACACCGUGGAAACGGUGAACAAUGCCAUCGAAUCUCCCGUCAGAGAUCUACUAACAGCGGCUAUCCACAGAAAUCCAGCGGCCAGUGGAUUGUUGGUGCAAGCGAUCGCUACAAAGUGUACGGAUCUAUCUCAACCUAGUUUCGUCAAACGAUUGUUGCAGUGCAUCGAAGGUGCCCAUCAUUCGCAAAGCGGAGCAGUUCUAUUUACGUUGAUACCAAGAUUACUGUCCACGAAGUAUCUAGCUCUGUCCAGAAUGGCAGCAAAAAUAGCCAGUCGAAGGGUAGAAAUUUUGCUGACCUCUUCUGCCGUGGACGUGACGAAGCAGCUUUCGAAAGACGAUUUUGCGAAGAUCAUGGAGAUCCUACAGUCGACUAGGCUCGCCAAGAAACACGGAGGAUUGGUCAGUCUACUGAACAAAUUAGGCGUACAAUAUUACGAUCUCUCUCCUCUGGAGCUCGAUCAGUGUAGACCAUUUAAUCCAUCCACAGUGAAGAGUAUUCAACUGGAUCGAAAUUGGUUCUUGUCUCAGGUGAAAUUGCGAUGUUGCAAUCCGAUUGCCAGUUAUAAUCCAUCGGAGACGGCGCAGUUGUUAAAGGACUUGGAUUUCGAAGAUUCUCUCAGUAUUCUCUCUUCGAAGGAAUUCAAUAUCACGAUCUUGAAAGCGUGUAUAAUAUUAGGCGUACGAACGAGCGUUGAAAAGUGCCAAAAAUUAGAAUUCGGUGUAAAGCAGAACGAGAAGGACUUUAAUUUCGAGACCAGCCCCCUGUACGGUGCUGCGAAGCAACGUUUAUUAGAACACGUUCGCUACGUCACCGAAUUAAUGCCAAAACCUCAUCAAGUUUACGAUCCUGGCCAGCCAAAUGCCAAUUCGAAGGGGUUGAAGUACUCGAUUCGACUCGACGAGCUUCUAAACGAACCCAUUUACUGGGAUAUACUUUUCAUGUUGAUACCAGCCGUAAGGGUGUACGUAAAAACCUUGGCUAAGCUGGUGAAAUACAAUUUGGCGAAGAUAGACAGGAAGUCUGAAGAGGAUCUCGCGAAAUUCGCGAUUUUGUGUUUGGAAUUGACCCACUGGAUGUUGCAUUGCGACGAGAUCAGCGCGAGAAAGCUUAGACCUAAGGACAUGGAGGUGGCUUUAAGCUGCGCCUCGGAGAUCAUGAAACAUCCUGGCCCGGAUAAAAUCUUCUGGGACAACAGCAAGUAUUCGUGGGUUUGUAGCGCUGCUGCUUCGUUAACCAGGACGGUGAAACAUCUGCUAACGAUGAUAGACGGUUUGCCGAUCAUAGAUUCCCGCGCUUUAGAGCCAGCAUUCGAGGACGAAGGUAGCAAAGAUUUUGCUCGCGCUUGCUUUAGAAUGGCAGCGCUGGUUGCCUGGUUAGAACAGUGUCAAAGCGAGGGAUCGUCGAAAAAUAUUCCUCGUUAUUUGUUCAACACGAUACAAGAUUUAAUUGUAAGCGUAAGCCGGCAACCGCUGGUCAAUUCUUACGUUUUAACACCACCGCUGGUUUGGAAGCAUAAUUGGAACGUGGUGGGUUCUGGUCCAACCAAGUGUUUCUUCCCGUUGUUGCCGUCCGAGUCGAAUUUCUUACAGGAGGUGGAGAUCCUCGAGCAGUUCAUUUACCGAAUAAACCUGCUGGGAUGGAUAUCUCGGUUGCAAUUCGAGGAGAUAUGGAUGGCGCUGUUGGGAGUGCUAAAUCUUUUGCAGAACGAAAGUCUGCAAUCCGAGGAGAUCCCAGCGUUGAUCCAAGCGAGUAGCCUGGCUGUGCAAGCCAUCACGAGAUUACUGUUGCAAACUUUGCUUCUUCCCUACCCUGGUAAUCCAAGAGCUAGUACUUUGAUCCAUCAUCCCAGGGAUCCUCAGCUUUCUGUUCAUAAAAUAAGCUCGCAAAAGUUGUACGCGAUUCAGGACCUGCUCGCGUGGAAAUACGAAUGUAUGAACGACUCGGAGACGGUCGGUUCUCUCAGCAUGGAUCACAUCUUUUGUCGAGGAAACGUGGAACGAGUUGCAAGCUCGAACAAAUACGCUUACAGUCAGCUUUCAGUUCCUUAUCUAUGGUCCUCGUGUAACCUGUACGAAGACAAGCUGAACGCCUCUGUCCUCGACUUGAAGAACAGACGAAACGACGCGUUGAUGUCCGCCUCGCUCGAUCUAGAUUCCUGUCUUCGUUUCUUGGUAGAGCUUUACACAUCCUGGAUGUCCCCGCAAGCAAAUACACCUAUACAAUUGCUCACCGAAGUCGUCAAGUCUAUUCUAGCGAUUUCAGAACUGUUCGUGGAGAGAGGUCAGUAUCAAUGGAUGCUGGACACCUGCUUGGAGAUGUCCAGGAUUCAUCCUACUGAAAAUGUGAUUCUACAUCAGUACUUGGUGGUAUCUGUGUGCAAGGCUGCUGCUGUGCUAACACCAUUAGACUUUGAAACAUUGGACAAAGUGAAACGUUUGGUAGAUCUAAAUCUUAAGUCAGGUUUCUUACCAGCAAGAGUAUCCGCUCUUCAUGGGUCAUUAUAUUUGUUGCAAAGCGCUGUGCUUGCUAAUUGCGAGGAAACGAUGAACAUCAUACACCCUUUGGCAAUUGAAUACAUACAGAAGCAUCUGGAUGCUCAAGAUUCGAAUGGGGUGUUGAAUCAAAGCGAAGAGCACCAAGGAGUGAUGUGGGCCCUGGUGUUCUUCCUGCUGGAACACGCAGAGGACACUCCACCGGACAGUGAGGCUCCAGCCGUUCUUGAACUGGUUCUCACUUUACUCUCCUCCCAAAAUAUCUCCUCCAGCUUGCAUCAAACGCUUUUACAGGGCCUCGAACGACUCGUGGCGACGAAAAGCGUGGUCGGAAAAGUCGCCGAGCAAAUAGUUAAGGUUGCGAUAGAUCGUUUGAAACAACCAAGUCCUGUGUUGUCGAUACCCGCGUUACAAUUGUUGCUGACUUGCAUGUACACGGAAGCAGCCGACAGAUUGAAUCAACCAGAAGUAGAGGAACCAUUACCAGACGCUGAACCAGAAGCAUUGGUUCGAUCGAUAGAACGAACUUCCGCGAUUUUUGACAAGAUCAGGCGGGGACACUCGAUGGAGGUGGAACUUUUGUGCACGGUUCUGUCCGGUGUGCUUGGAGAUUUCUUCCCGCCGUCUGAAAUUUUAACCAAAGUCAUAGGAGAAUUUCUAUCUCCUCAACAGCCUCAUCCGCGGCUACUUUCUGCUGUGGUUUUUAAAGUUUGCGAAAGAGCGUGUACUUGCGCUCAAAUGGAAUUGCUUCAAGACUGGGUCGUGUUCAGUCUGCCAAAUUUUAUUCAAAGUUUACCAGUGACGAUGUCAACCUGGUGUUUGUCUUGCUUCUUUAUCAGCUCCUCAACGAAUCAUUGGCUGAGAGCCUUAUUUCCGUAUGUUCAAUCAAGAAUCGGUAAAUACGAAUACGAGGAUAAAAAAAUACUCUGCAUCGCUGCUUCUGAUUUUUAUCACAAGUUAGCUAAAGAAACUCAAAGGAAAGCUUUCGUGGAAACAUUUGAAGCAGCAGCAAAGGAACCUGGAACUCCAUUUGGUGACAUUUUAGCGUCCUUUUAGCUAGUCUUACGAUUGAUCGUCUCGAUCCAAGAAAGUUGAAUCAAAACUAGAGGUAUUCGUCGAAACGAUACAUCUAAUUCCCCUUGUAAAAUCGAUGUACAAUCAUAACACGGUCGUGACGUGUCGCGUGUACAGUGUAUGUAUGUGAUGAUAUUUAUUUUACCUCCUGUCCCGUCGAGAAGAACUUGUUUUGCAAUAAACAAUAUUUUUUAAAUA